AGACCACCGAAGAUACUGUGCCUCUAAUUCUGGAUUAAGUGAGACCCAAAUAAAGUGCCAUCAUGGGGGACAAGGACAUGGACUGCUUUGGGCCUGCGGCAAUUUACCUCCGCAAACCAGAGAGGGAGAGGAUCGAGGCUCAGAAUACUCCAUUUGAUGCCAAAACGGCAUAUUUUGUCACUGUUCCAGAUGAGAUGUACGUCAAGGGUAAACUUGUCAAGAAAGAGGGUGGCAAAGCCACAGUCGAGACACUUGAUGGUAAGUCAGUCACAGUCAAAGAAGAUGAAAUCCACGCCAUGAACCCUCCCAAGUUUGAUAAAAUUGAGGACAUGGCCAUGAUGACCCACCUCAACGAGCCUGCCGUGUUGUAUAACCUCAAAGAGCGUUUUGCAUCAUGGAUGAUCUACACCUACUCCGGCCUGUUCUGCGUCGUGGUGAACCCCUACAAGUGGCUUCCCGUGUAUGACGCUAAGGUUGUUGUGGGCUAUAGAGGCAAGAAGAGGAUUGAGGCUCCACCCCACAUCUUCUCCAUCUCUGAUAAUGCCUAUCAGUUCAUGCUCACUGAUCGUGAGAACCAGUCUGUCCUUAUCACUGGAGAAUCCGGUGCAGGAAAGACUGUCAACACUAAGCGUGUCAUCCAGUACUUUGCAACAGUUGCAGUGGCUGGAGGCAAAAAAUCUGAACCAGCUGCAACUGCUGGCAAGAUACAGGUAAACAAAGGCCGAUUAUUUUUAGAAUAUGCAAGGGGAAAUUAAAAAAUGAGUGCAGACUGAGAUAAUCUGCUGUCUUUGCUGUAGUUCUAGGCUUUUGUUGAGAGCAUUUUAAUUCCCGUGUAGGGUUCCCUGGAAGAUCAAAUCAUUGCAGCCAACCCUCUGCUGGAGGCCUAUGGUAACGCCAAAACUGUGAGGAAUGACAACUCAUCCCGUUUUGGUAAAUUCAUUAGAAUUCAUUUCGGAACAACUGGCAAACUGGCCUCAGCUGAUAUUGAAACAUAUCUGCUGGAGAAGUCCCGUGUCACCUUCCAGUUGUCUGCUGAGAGGAGUUACCACAUCUUUUACCAGCUGAUGACUGGACACAAACCGGAACUCUUGGAGGCUCUUUUGAUCACCACCAACCCUUAUGACUACCCAAUGAUCAGUCAGGGUGAAAUCACUGUCAAGAGCAUCAAUGAUGUGGAGGAGUUCAUUGCAACAGAUACUGCCAUUGAUAUCCUGGGCUUCAGUGGAGAGGAGAAAAAUGGCAUCUACAAGUUGACAGGUGCUGUGAUGCAUCAUGGCAACAUGAAAUUCAAGCAGAAGCAGCGUGAGGAGCAGGCUGAACCUGAUGGCACUGAGGUGGCUGAUAAAAUUGCCUACCUUGCGGGUCUGAACUCUGCUGAUAUGCUGAAAGCUCUGUGCUAUCCCAGAGUCAAAGUUGGCAAUGAGAUGGUGACCAAAGGUCAGACCGUCCCACAGGUGAACAAUGCUGUCUCAGCAUUGUGCAAGUCCAUCUACGAGAAAAUGUUCUUGUGGAUGGUCAUCCGUAUCAAUGAGAUGUUGGACACAAAGCAGCCAAGACAGUUCUUCAUUGGAGUGUUGGAUAUCGCUGGAUUUGAGAUCUUCGAUUUUAACAGCUUGGAGCAACUCUGCAUCAACUUCACCAACGAGAAACUGCAACAGUUUUUCAACCAUCACAUGUUUGUCCUGGAGCAAGAAGAAUACAAGAAAGAAGGCAUUGAGUGGGAAUUCAUUGACUUCGGUAUGGACUUGGCUGCCUGCAUUGAGCUUAUCGAGAAGCCAAUGGGUAUCUUCUCCAUCCUUGAAGAGGAGUGCAUGUUCCCCAAGGCCUCUGAUACAACAUUCAAGAACAAGCUGCAUGACCAGCAUCUUGGCAAGACUAAAGCCUUUGAGAAGCCAAAGCCUGCAAAGGGCAAGGCUGAGGCCCACUUCUCUCUGGUUCACUAUGCUGGUACUGUGGACUACAACAUUGCUGGCUGGUUGGACAAGAACAAGGACCCAUUGAAUGACUCAGUUGUUCAGCUCUACCAGAAGUCAGCAAACAAAUUGUUGGCCAUGUUAUAUGCAGCUCAUGCUUCAGCUGAUGAUGCUGGUGCAAAGAAGGGAGGUGGAAAGAAGAAGGGUGGUUCCUUCCAGACUGUCUCUGCUCUUUUCAGGGAGAACUUGGGCAAGCUGAUGACCAAUUUGAGAAGCACUCACCCUCACUUUGUGCGUUGCUUGAUUCCCAAUGAAUCAAAGACCCCAGGUCUUAUGGAGAACUUCUUGGUCAUCCACCAACUGAGAUGUAACGGUGUGCUGGAGGGCAUCAGAAUCUGCAGAAAGGGCUUCCCCAGCAGAAUCCUCUACGGUGAUUUCAAGCAGAGAUACAAAGUAUUGAAUGCCAGUGUCAUCCCAGAGGGUCAGUUCAUUGACAACAAGAAAGCUUCAGAGAAACUGCUGAGCUCUAUUGAUGUGGAUCACACUCAGUACAAGUUUGGACACACAAAGGUGUUCUUCAAAGCUGGUCUUCUGGGUACCUUGGAAGAGAUGAGAGAUGAGAAACUGGCUGAGCUGGUGACCAUGACUCAGGCUCUCUGCAGAGGAUAUGUUAUGAGAAAAGAGUUUGUAAAGAUGAUGGAGAGAAGAGAAUCUAUCUUCAGUAUUCAGUAUAACAUCCGCUCCUUCAUGAAUGUGAAAAACUGGCCAUGGUUGAAGCUGUACUUCAAGAUUAAGCCUCUGCUAAAGAGUGCCGAGACUGAGAAAGAGCUGCAGCAAAUGAAGGACAAUUAUGAUAAGAUGCAAUCAGACCUGGCUACAGCUUUGGCCAAAAAGAAAGAGCUGGAAGAGAAGAUGGUUUCCCUGCUGCAGGAGAAGAAUGACCUCCAACUGCAAGUGGCAGCGGAAACCGAGAACCUCUCAGAUGCUGAGGAAAGGUGUGAAGGGCUCAUUAAGAGCAAGAUCCAACUCGAGGCCAAACUCAAAGAGUCGUCCGAGAGACUGGAAGAUGAAGAAGAAAUUAAUGCUGAGCUGACUGCCAAGAAGAGGAAGUUGGAGGACGAAUGCUCAGAGUUGAAGAAAGAUAUUGAUGACUUGGAACUCACCUUGGCUAAAGUGGAGAAGGAGAAACAUGCCACAGAAAACAAGGUGAAAAACCUGACAGAGGAGCUGGCAACUCAAGAUGAGUCUAUUGCCAAGUUGACAAAGGAGAAGAAAGCCCUCCAAGAGGCCCACCAGCAAACACUGGAUGAUCUCCAGGCAGAGGAAGACAAAGUCAACACUCUGACCAAGGCCAAGACAAAGCUGGAACAGCAAGUGGAUGAUCUCGAGGGCUCACUGGAGCAAGAGAAGAAGCUCCGCAUGGACCUUGAGAGAGCCAAGAGGAAGCUUGAGGGAGAUCUGAAACUCUCCCAGGAAUCCAUAAUGGAUCUGGAGAAUGACAAACAGCAAUCAGAUGAAAAACUCAAAAAGAAAGACUUUGAGACCAGCCAGCUCCUCAGCAAGAUUGAGGAUGAACAGUCUCUAGGGGCUCAGCUCCAGAAGAAGAUUAAGGAACUCCAGGCUCGUAUUGAAGAGCUGGAAGAGGAGAUUGAGGCUGAGAGGGCCGCAAGGGCCAAGGUGGAGAAGCAGAGGGCUGACCUCUCCAGAGAGCUGGAGGAGAUCAGUGAGAGGCUUGAGGAAGCUGGUGGAGCAACAGCCGCUCAGAUUGAGAUGAACAAGAAGCGUGAGGCUGAGUUCCAGAAGCUCCGCCGUGAUCUCGAAGAAUCCACCCUGCAACAUGAGUCUACAGCAGCCGCUCUACGCAAGAAGCAAGCCGACAGUGUUGCAGAGCUGGGAGAACAGAUCGACAAUCUCCAGCGUGUCAAGCAGAAGUUGGAGAAGGAGAAGAGCGAGUACAAGAUGGAGAUUGAUGACCUCUCCAGCAACAUGGAGGCUGUUGCUAAAUCUAAGGGCAACUUGGAAAAAAUGUGCAGAAGUCUUGAAGACCAGUUUGCAGAACUCAAAACUAAAAAUGAUGAGCAUGUCCGUCAGCUGAACGAUAUCAAUGCUCACAAGGCAAGACUCCAAACUGAGAAUGGUGAGUAUUCACGCCAGCUUGAGGAGAAAGAAGCUCUGGUUUCCCAGCUGACCAGGGGAAAGCAGGCCUUUACUCAGCAGAUUGAAGAACUCAAGAGACUUGUUGAGGAGGAAGUGAAGGCCAAGAAUGCCCUGGCCCAUUCUGUUCAGUCUUCCCGCCAUGACUGUGAUCUGCUCAGAGAGCAGUUUGAGGAGGAGCAGGAGGCCAAAGCUGAGCUGCAGCGAGGAAUGUCCAAGGCCAACAGUGAGGUGGCACAGUGGAGGACCAAAUACGAGACUGAUGCUAUCCAGCGCACUGAGGAGCUGGAGGAGGCCAAGAAGAAGCUCGCCCAGCGUCUCCAGGAGGCGGAGGAGUCCAUUGAAGCUGUGAACUCCAAGUGUGCCUCUUUGGAGAAGACCAAGCAGAGACUGCAGGGUGAGGUGGAGGACCUCAUGAUUGAUGUAGAGAGAGCUAACGCCCUGGCUGCCAACCUGGAUAAGAAACAGAGGAACUUUGACAAAGUCUUGGCAGAAUGGAAGCAAAAGUAUGAAGAGGGUCAGGCAGAGCUGGAAGGAGCCCAGAAGGAGGCUCGUUCUCUCAGUACUGAACUGUUCAAGAUGAAGAACUCUUAUGAGGAGACUCUUGAUCACCUGGAGACCAUGAAGAGGGAGAACAAGAACCUGCAGCAGGAGAUCUCAGACCUGACUGAACAGAUUGGUGAGACUGGAAAGAGCAUCCAUGAGCUGGAAAAGGCCAAGAAGACUGUUGAGUCUGAGAAGUCUGAAAUUCAGACAGCACUGGAGGAGGCAGAGGGCACACUGGAGCAUGAGGAGGCCAAGAUUAUCCGCGUUCAGCUCGAGCUCAACCAGGUCAAGGGUGAGGUUGACAGGAAGCUGGCCGAGAAGGACGAGGAGAUGGAGCAGAUCAAGAGAAACAGCCAGAGAGUGAUUGACUCCAUGCAGAGCACUCUUGAUGCUGAGGUCAGAAGCAGGAAUGAUGCCCUGAGAGUCAAGAAGAAGAUGGAGGGAGACCUCAAUGAGAUGGAGAUUCAGCUGAGCCAUGCCAAUAGACAGGCUGCUGAGGCCCAGAAACAACUGAGGAAUGUCCAGGGUCAGCUCAAGGAUGCCCAACUGCACCUUGAUGAGGCUAUCAGAGGACAGGAGGACAUGAAGGAGCAGGUUGCCAUGGUGGAGCGCAGAAACACCCUGAUGCUGGCUGAAAUUGAGGAGCUGAGAGCUGCUCUUGAGCAAACAGAUAGAGCACGCAAAGUGGCUGAGCAGGAGCUGGUUGAUGCCAGCGAGCGUGUCGGACUGCUUCACUCUCAGAACACCAGCCUUAUCAACACCAAAAAGAAGCUGGAAUCUGACCUUGUCCAGAUUCAAGGUGAAGUAGAGGAUACUGUCCAGGAAGCAAGAAAUGCUGAGGAGAAAGCCAAAAAGGCUAUCACUGAUGCUGCCAUGAUGGCUGAGGAGCUGAAGAAGGAGCAGGACACCAGUGCUCACCUGGAGAGGAUGAAGAAGAACAUGGAGGUCAGUGUCAAGGACCUGCAGCAUCGUCUGGAUGAGGCUGAGAACCUCGCCAUGAAGGGUGGCAAGAAGCAGCUUCAGAAACUGGAGUCUAGGGUGCGUGAGCUAGAAUCAGAAGUUGAGGCAGAGCAGAGACGUGGAGCCGAUGCUAUUAAAGGACUCCGCAAAUAUGAGAGGAGAGUGAAGGAGCUGACCUACCAAACUGAGGAGGACAAGAAGAACAUGACCAGACUUCAGGAUUUGGUGGAUAAACUACAGAUGAAAGUUAAAUCGUACAAGAGACAGGCUGAGGAAGCUGAGGAGCAGGCCAACACUCAUAUGACCAGGCUCAGGAAGGUCCAGCAUGAGAUGGAGGAGUCUCAGGAGCGUGCUGACAUUGCUGAGUCCCAGGUCAACAAGUUGAGGGCCAAGAGUCGUGAAGUCGGAAAGGUUGAUGCUGAGUAUGCCAUCAUGAGCACCGAUGCGGAGAUGGAGCAGUAUGGCCCCGCAGCCAUUUACCUGCGGAAGCCAGAGAAGGAGAGGAUUGAGGCACAGGCAGCUCCCUUUGAUGCCAAAAGUGCCUUCUUUGUGGUUGAUCCCGCUGAGAUGUACCUCAAGGGUAAACUCACAAAGAGGGAAGGUGGUAAAGCCACAAUUGAAAUGGACGGUGGAAAGACUGUCACUGUGAAAGAGGAUGACAUCCACCCCAGAAACCCACCCAAGUUCGAUAAAAUUGAGGACAUGGCCAUGAUGACCCACCUCAACGAGCCUUGUGUUUUGUAUAACCUCAAAGAGCGUUAUGCAUCAUGGAUGAUCUAUUGGCUUCCUGUGUACGACGCUACAUGCGUGGCAGCAUACAGAGGAAAGAAGAGGAUUGAGGCUCCACCCCACAUCUUCUCCAUCUCCGACAAUGCCUAUCAGUUCAUGCUUACUGAUCGUGAGAAUCAGUCUGUCCUGAUUACUGGAGAAUCCGGUGCAGGAAAGACUGUCAACACCAAGCGUGUCAUCCAGUACUUUGCAACAAUUGCAGCUAUUGGAGCCAAGAAGGCUGAACCAACACCAGGCAAAAUGCAGGGCUCCCUUGAGGACCAAAUUGUUGCAGCCAACCCUUUGCUGGAGGCCUAUGGUAAUGCCAAAACUGUGAGGAAUGACAACUCAUCCCGUUUUGGUAAAUUCAUUAGGAUUCACUUUGGCUCCAGUGGAAAGCUGUCCUCUGCUGAUAUUGAAACAUAUCUGCUGGAGAAGUCCCGUGUCACCUUCCAGUUGUCCGCAGAGAGGAGCUACCAUAUCUUCUACCAGCUGAUGACUGGACACAAGCCUGAGCUGCUGGAGGCUCUUUUGAUCACCACCAACCCUUAUGACUACCCAAUGAUCAGUCAGGGUGAAAUCACUGUCAAGAGCAUCAAUGAUGUGGAAGAGUUCAUUGCAACAGAUACUGCUAUCGACAUCCUGGGCUUCAAUGCAGAGGAGAAAAUUGGCAUCUACAAGUUGACAGGUGCUGUGAUGCAUCAUGGCAACAUGAAAUUCAAGCAGAAGCAGCGUGAGGAGCAGGCUGAACCUGAUGGCACUGAGGUGGCUGACAAGAUUGCCUACCUCCUGGGCCUGAACUCUGCCGAUAUGCUGAAAGCACUGUGCUACCCCAGAGUCAAAGUUGGAAAUGAGUUUGUGACCAAAGGUCAAACCGUCCCCCAGGUGAACAAUGCUGUCUCAGCCUUGUGCAAGUCGAUCUACGAGAAAAUGUUCUUGUGGAUGGUCAUCCGUAUCAAUGAGAUGUUGGACACAAAGCAGCCAAGACAGUUCUUCAUUGGAGUGUUGGAUAUCGCUGGAUUUGAGAUCUUUGAUUUCAACAGCUUGGAGCAACUGUGCAUCAACUUCACCAAUGAGAAACUGCAACAGUUUUUCAACCAACACAUGUUUGUUCUGGAGCAAGAGGAAUACAAGAAAGAAGGCAUUGAGUGGGAAUUCAUUGACUUCGGCAUGGACUUAGCUGCUUGCAUUGAGCUUAUUGAGAAGCCAAUGGGCAUUUUCUCCAUCCUUGAAGAGGAGUGCAUGUUCCCCAAGGCCUCUGAUACAACAUUCAAGAACAAGCUGCAUGAUCAGCAUCUUGGAAAGACCAAAGCCUUUGAGAAGCCAAAGCCCGCAAAGGGCAAGGCUGAGGCCCACUUCUCUCUGGUUCACUAUGCUGGUACUGUGGACUACAACAUUGCUGGCUGGUUGGACAAGAACAAGGACCCAUUGAAUGACUCUGUUGUCCAGCUCUACCAGAAGGCAGCAAACAAACUGUUGGCCAUGUUGUAUGCAGCUCAUGCUUCAGCUGAAGAUGCCGGUGCAAAGAAGGGUGGUGGAAAGAAGAAGGGAGGUUCCUUCCAGACUGUGUCUGCUCUUUUCAGAGAGAACUUGGCAAAGCUGAUGACCAACUUGAGGAGCACUCAUCCUCACUUUGUGCGCUGCCUGAUUCCCAAUGAAACAAAGACCCCAGGUCUUAUGGAGAACUUCUUGGUCAUCCACCAGCUGAGAUGCAACGGUGUGCUGGAGGGCAUCAGAAUCUGCAGAAAGGGCUUCCCCAGCAGAAUCCUCUAUGCUGAUUUCAAGCAGAGAUACAAAGUAUUGAAUGCCAGUGUCAUCCCUGAGGGUCAGUUCAUUGACAACAAGAAGGCAUCAGAGAAACUGCUCGGCUCCAUUGAUGUGGAUCACACUCAGUACAGAUUUGGGCACACUAAGGUAUUCUUCAAAGCUGGUCUACUGGGUACCCUGGAGGAGAUGAGAGAUGAGAAACUGGCUGCACUGGUGACCAUGACUCAGGCUCUCUGCAGAGGAUAUGUUAUGAGGAAGGAGUUUGUAAAGAUGAUGGAGAGGAGAGAAGCUAUCUACAGUAUUCAGUAUAACGUCCGUUCCUUCAUGAAUGUGAAAAACUGGCCAUGGCUGAAGCUGUAUUUCAAGAUCAAGCCUCUCUUAAAAAGUGCUGAGACCGAGAAAGAGCUGCAGCAGAUGAAGGAGAAUUAUGAUAAGAUGCAAUCAGACCUGGCUGCAGCUCUGGCCAAAAAGAAAGAGCUGGAGGAGAAGAUGGUUUCCCUGCUGCAGGAGAAGAAUGACCUUCAACUGCAAGUAGCAGCGGAAACCGAUAACCUCUCAGAUGCUGAGGAAAGGUGUGAAGGGCUCAUUAAGAGCAAGAUCCAGCUUGAAGCCAAACUCAAGGAGACAACCGAGAGACUGGAAGAUGAAGAAGAAAUUAAUGCUGAGCUGACUGCCAAGAAGAGGAAGCUGGAGGACGAAUGCUCAGAGUUGAAGAAAGAUAUUGAUGACUUGGAACUCACCUUGGCUAAAGUGGAGAAGGAGAAACAUGCCACAGAAAACAAGGUGAAAAACCUGACAGAGGAGAUGGCAUCUCAAGAUGAGUCUAUUGCCAAGUUGACAAAGGAGAAGAAAGCCCUCCAAGAGGCCCACCAGCAAACACUGGAUGAUCUCCAGGCAGAGGAAGACAAAGUCAACACUCUGACCAAGGCCAAGACAAAGCUGGAACAGCAAGUGGAUGAUCUUGAAGGCUCACUGGAGCAAGAGAAGAAGCUCCGCAUGGACCUUGAGAGAGCCAAGAGGAAGCUUGAGGGAGAUCUGAAACUGGCCCAGGAAUCCAUAAUGGAUCUGGAGAAUGACAAACAGCAAUCAGAUGAAAAACUCAAGAAGAAAGACUUUGAGACAAGCCAACUUCUCAGCAAGAUUGAGGAUGAACAGUCUCUUGGUGCUCAACUCCAGAAGAAGAUUAAGGAACUCCAGGCUCGUAUUGAGGAGCUGGAAGAGGAGAUUGAGGCUGAGAGGGCCGCAAGGGCCAAGGUGGAGAAGCAGAGGGCUGACCUCUCCAGAGAGCUGGAGGAGAUCAGUGAGAGGCUUGAGGAAGCUGGUGGAGCAACAGCCGCUCAAAUUGAGAUGAACAAGAAACGUGAGGCUGAGUUCCAGAAGCUGCGCCGUGAUCUGGAAGAGUCCACCCUGCAGCAUGAGGCUACAGCAGCCGCUCUCCGCAAGAAGCAAGCCGACAGUGUUGCAGAGCUGGGAGAACAGAUCGACAACCUCCAGCGUGUCAAGCAGAAGCUGGAGAAGGAGAAGAGCGAGUACAAGAUGGAGAUUGAUGACCUCUCCAGCAACAUGGAGGCUGUUGCUAAAUCUAAGGGCAACUUGGAAAAAAUGUGCAGAAGUCUUGAAGACCAAUUUGGUGAACUCAAAGCUAAAAAUGAUGAGCAUGUCCGUCAGCUGAAUGAUAUCAAUGCUCAAAGAGCAAGACUCCAAACUGAGAAUGGUGAGUUUUCACGCCAGCUUGAGGAGAAGGAAGCCCUUGUUUCCCAGCUGACCAGGGGAAAGCAGGCUUACACUCAGCAAAUUGAGGAGCUCAAGAGGCAGACUGAGGAGGAAGUGAAGGCCAAGAAUGCCCUGGCCCAUGCAGUUCAGUCUGCCCGCCAUGACUGUGAUCUGCUCAGAGAGCAGUUUGAGGAGGAGCAGGAGGCCAAAGCCGAGCUGCAGCGAGGAAUGUCCAAGGCCAACAGUGAGGUGGCACAGUGGAGGACCAAAUACGAGACUGAUGCUAUCCAGCGCACUGAGGAGCUGGAGGAGGCAAAGAAGAAACUCGCCCAGCGUCUCCAGGAGGCGGAGGAGUCCAUUGAAGCUGUGAACUCCAAGUGUGCCUCUUUGGAGAAGACCAAGCAGAGACUGCAGGGUGAGGUGGAGGACCUCAUGAUUGAUGUAGAGAGAGCAAACGCCCUGGCUGCCAACCUGGACAAGAAACAGAGGAACUUUGACAAGGUCUUGGCAGAAUGGAAACAGAAGUUUGAGGAGGGUCAGGCAGAGCUGGAAGGAGCCCAGAAGGAGGCUCGUUCUCUCAGUACUGAACUGUUCAAGAUGAAGAACUCUUAUGAGGAGGCUCUUGAUCAGCUGGAGACCAUGAAGAGGGAGAACAAGAACCUGCAGCAGGAGAUCUCAGAUCUUACUGAACAGAUUGGUGAGACUGGAAAGAGCAUCCAUGAGCUGGAAAAGGCCAAGAAGACUGUGGAGACUGAGAAGUCUGAAAUUCAGACAGCACUGGAGGAGGCAGAGGGCACACUGGAGCAUGAGGAGGCCAAAAUUCUCCGUGUUCAGCUCGAGCUCAACCAGGUCAAGGGUGAGGUUGACAGGAAGCUGGCCGAGAAGGACGAGGAGAUGGAGCAGAUCAAGAGAAACAGCCAGAGAGUGAUUGACUCCAUGCAGAGCACUCUUGAUGCUGAGGUCAGAAGCAGGAAUGAUGCCAUGAGAAUCAAGAAGAAGAUGGAGGGAGACCUCAAUGAGAUGGAGAUUCAGCUGAGCCAUGCCAACAAGAUGGCUGCUGAGGCCCAGAAACAACUAAGGAAUGUCCAGGGACAACUCAAGGAUGCCCAACUGCACCUUGAUGAGGCUAUCAGGGGACAGGAGGACAUGAAGGAGCAGGUUGCCAUGGUGGAGCGCAGAAACACCCUGAUGCUGGCUGAAAUUGAGGAGCUGAGAGCUGCUCUUGAGCAAACAGAGAGAGCACGUAAAGUGGCAGAGCAGGAGCUUGUUGAUGCCAGUGAGCGUGUCGGACUUCUUCACUCUCAGAACACCAGCCUUAUCAACACCAAGAAGAAGCUGGAGUCUGACCUUGUCCAGAUUCAGAGUGAAGUGGACGAUACCAUCCAGGAGGCAAGAAACGCUGAGGAUAAAGCCAAAAAGGCUAUCACUGAUGCUGCAAUGAUGGCUGAAGAGCUGAAGAAGGAGCAGGACACCAGUGCUCACCUGGAGAGGAUGAAGAAGAACCUGGAGGUCACUGUCAAGGACCUGCAGCACCGUCUGGAUGAGGCUGAGAACCUCGCCAUGAAGGGUGGCAAGAAGCAGCUCCAGAAACUGGAGUCUAGGGUGCGUGAGCUCGAAUCUGAGGUUGAUGCCGAGCAGAGACGAGGAGCCGAUGCUGUUAAAGGCGUGCGCAAAUAUGAGAGGAGAGUGAAGGAGCUGACCUACCAGGUUUGUUCUUUUACACAAAUCAUCAGUGAAGCCCUCUAAUUCUUAAAGUACACAUUAGAAUAUACACAAUUUUAUCUCUAGACUGAGGAAGACAAGAAGAACGUGAACAGACUUCAGGACCUGGUGGAUAAACUUCAGCUGAAAGUCAAGGCUUACAAGAGACAGUCUGAGGAGGCUGAGGAGCAGGCCAACACUCACAUGUCCAGACUCAGGAAGGUCCAGCAUGAGCUGGAAGAGGCUCAGGAGCGUGCUGACAUCGCUGAGUCCCAGGUCAACAAGCUGAGGGCCAAGAGCCGCGAUGCUGGAAAGUCCGACGUCGCUGAAUAAGGGAUUCUCCUUUGAUGGCAUUCAACGGGAAUCAUAAAAUAUGACCAAAUGUUGAAAUGUCUUCUUGCAAUGCUUUUACU